UUUGUGCUGAACUGUCCAAGCGAACAAGGUACGAGAACAAAGAAACAGUCGCUGGAAGUUGGGCAGUCGCCAAAGUUAUCGUUUCAUCAUGUUCCUAAAGAAGGUUAACCUACUCGCAAUUUAUGGAUCCAGUUUUGCGGUAACUUGCGUCUCCCAUCAAAGCAUGAUAUUGUGUGUCGUAAUCAUUUCACGGAAGAAGAUUUUGUACACCAAAACCACAGCGAUUCUCCUAAAGGGAAAAACAUCUUGAAGGAGACGGCAGUACCUUCCCGUUUGCCACCUGCUGAACUUCACCAUAAAGGUUACCGGAGCCCCAGGAAAUGUGGAGCCGCAGUAUCAAGCCCUGAACUGAAGAGCCUGGCGGAUAUUAUUAAGUAUUCGUACUUGUUGCGCCCCAAGUAUUCUGUGGUCAACUUUCCUCACGAGGGAGCGGAAGCGGUUAUCGUUUUCCCUAGUUGUGCGGACGCGGGUCCAGCCACGUGGUUCAAACGUUGCAUUUAUUUCGUGGGCGAUUUGGUUCCGCGUUGCUACCAGGCGGGUGUCAAAACUCACGUUAUGAUUCCGGCAUCGCCAAUGACCAAUCUUAGCGAACUUUUACUGGAGUUAGAUGAAUUGCUGUUGUAUCGACACUGUGUCGGAUUCUCUAACAGCGCAAAUUUUGAAGAGAAUUCAGAGCUUGGAUUCGCUCAAACAACAGCGGAAGGACUGACAUGGAGAAGCUUUGAAUGCAAAGUUGUUUUCAAGGGGAAAUCUGGCCAAACCAGAUGCGAUGAAUGUCAGCGAGUAUCGAAAUCUACUUCGAAACGCCACAGUCGUAAACGUACCAGAUCGUCUUCGCUUCCUUCCAACCGUACUCGGCACGGGUAUCUAUCAAAAACCGACUUGACAGCGCUGUUAAAAUCCAUGUCAGCUGAGAAGAAACAGAAAAAAUCCGCGUUUCGUACCCAUAUUCAAGAAAUCGCACCAGAUGAUGCCAUAAAAAAAUCAGAUCUUUCUAACGCCUUGAGUUCUCUGCCGCCGCAUUACCAAAGCCUAGUGCAAGAAAUUCUCCAACAGUCUCAUGCCGAAGGGACUGGGCGUCGGUAUUCUGACGAGCUUUUGGCUUUGUUCAUGGUGCUCCAAAAGCAAUCGGGUCGCGGCUUUGAUCUUAUGCGCAAAUUGCUACCGGGCCCUUGUGAACGGACGCUUAGGCGUUAUGGUGCCAUCAUGCCUAAUGGACCUGGCUGGACGUCUUUCAUGGAGUCGAUGUGCACUGAAAUUUGUAAGCAUACCGACCCAGGGGAUCGACGCGUUGCCAUCCGGUUCGACGAAGCCCAUUUGGCAACCUCCGUUGCUUACAACCGUGCAAAAGAUCGACGAAACGGCUACCCAGAUAUGGGGGGCUAUGAGAAGCUAUUAUCUCAGAGCAAGCAGCGGAGUCAUGAUACCUCACUGGCAAAUAAAGUCACCGUGUUUUUGUUUGGUGGGCUGCGAAGACGAUUUGACCAUCCGUUUCAGUACUUCACCAGCCGCGGGGCCAUUCCUGGUAACAUUGUGCGUCAUAUGACCGUAGACGCAGUGAAACAUGUACACGCAACGGGUUUCGACACUCUUGAGACCGUAUCGGAUGGCAGCAGCAAUUAUACCGCUGGAUUCCGGAUGAUUGGUCUUUUUGAAUCUAAUGGAGAUACCCUGGAGUGUUCGUAUUUUGUGGACGGAAAGAAGGUUUUCCACAUCUUCGACCCUCCUCACUUGGUUAAAAAUACCUACGCGGCAUUUGAAAGUGGGAAGCAAUUUAAUAUCCCCUUGGACGACGGUUCUGUGGGCACAGUCUACUACCACUUCAUUGAGCGGCUGUACCAUGUUGAACGCGACAAUUUGCUGAAGAGGGCACCAAAACUACGUUGGAGAAGUCACAUCCAUCCAAAGGGAUUCGAAAAGAUGAAAGUUUAUCCAGCUGCUCAAGUCCUCAGUAACACCGUUGCAGAUUCACUGGACGCGUAUCGCGAAGCAGGGGAUGAGCAGUUUGACGGCAGCCAGCAUACAUGUUUCUUCAUACGAAAGAUCAAUGUUGCAUUUGAUGUGCUGAAUGGGUCGCAUUCGGACGAAGGCCACCCUGUCCGCCGUCCAAUAACUGGCGAAGAAGUUAUGGAGAUGAACGGUCGAAUGCAGAUUAUUGAUCAUAUGAUAGACUGGAUGAAAAAGCUGCGGCGGUUGAUCAUUACAGAGAAAUCAAAAGGACGGUUUCGGAAGGGCCUCGUAGAGCGGUGGCUUAUCACCCUUUUAUCCGCGCGCGAACUUAUUGUAGUCUUAGUCGUUGAUUAUCACCAGCAGUACAUAUGCACUCGGCUGAUGUGCAACGAUCCGACGGAGUUUUGCUUUUCGAGGUUGCGGGCCGAAGGCGGUGAACGUACUGGCAUUUUGACCGAGCAACGGAUGCGCGAUGUGUGGAGAAAUAUAGUUCUUACUACGUAUUCGAGUCCAUCUAAAUAUGGGAACGCCCUUUUCGAAAGCGAGGUUCAGGGCCCUGCUUUUAACUUAAUUGGCUUCCUGCGGGACCAGAAACACGCAAAAGUCCAAAAAUCAAGAGAGUGGUUGCUUAUUGAGCGGAUUCAAGAGGAAGACCUGAUUGCAUUGCAAGAUAAAAUGGAGGAUCUCGUCGGUCGACCAUUCUCUGGAUCGACAGUUGAUAUCUGCAUAAUCUAUUACCUUGCUGGUUACGUUCUACAUCGAUGCGGUGGUAGCAGUCUCGGAGGCCCUGAUAAGAAUCGUUGCGAAUGCUGCAUUUCAGUUUUGCUGUUACCUAAAGCCGUUUUUCCAUGGUACUGUAAAUACGUCGACCAGGCAAACAGGGGAGGCUUGGUUUGUCCGUCUGAAAAAGUCUUACAGCACUGCAUGGAUUUGUUUACUGUAUUUCAAACUUUACGUCCCGUUAUUGAAAAAGAGCGAAUUUGUGACGGAGUUUUGGACAUGAUAAUGCGAGUGGUGGAUUCAAAGCAAUUGAUCAGUCGAACAGCCAAGCGAUCGUUUUUUGACGCCCCAAACCACAUUGGGGAGGUAACAGUGGUAAAAAAAACGUGCAAGUGCAACCUGCAGCCAUUAUUUUAUUCGUUGUCAAAAUUGUUUAUUUCGUCACUAUGGUCGUAUCGCUGCAAGCAGGUGGAUAAUGCAGAAAAAGAGAAAGCGUAUGGAAGCGAUGCCAGCAAACAUGCUUAUGCAAAUAAGCAGGCGAUCAAAUAUUACGGCGGCUUGGGCAGCAGUGUUGAAGGAAAUUCGGACGAAAACUAUUGAUUUGUUUUUUUGUUGCGUUAAUUAUAUGCAUCAAUGUCGUGUGCGAUUUUUUGUUUUUUGUUUGUUUGUCAGUGUGGUCGUGGCUUAUUAAUUUUAUAAAUAAAGGUAGUAAUGGUAAUUA